AUGGGGGAUAAGAAGGACAUUGACAUGGUGGAGAGUAAAGUGACACAUGCAGAGUUCUCCCCACCUAUCGACAAUGUCGCUGUGCAGUUCCCUGAGGUCACUUGGUGGAGACACCCUGGCUUGCGGAAGCUAUACUUCAUGAUGCCAAUUCUGUUCCUCGGUAUGUUCCCCGCAGAUCUGAAGAGUGGUCGUGUUCAAUGGCUAACAUGGCUAGGGGCUUCGACAAACGGAUACGAUGGCUCUUUAUUGAACGGAUUGCAGACAAUGACCCCCUGGCAGGAAUACUUUGGCAAUCCCAGUGGAUCAACGUUGGGCCUCUUCACUGCAAUCCAGAAUAUCGGUGGAGUUUGUGCUUUGUUCUUUGCUUCAUACGUCGCCGACAUCUUUGGACGGAAGAAAGGUGUGGCCAUUGGAUUGGUGGUGCUCUUCGUGGGUACUAUCAUUCAGGUUGUACCAUCGGUCAAUUCGAACAUGUUUCUUGCGGGCAGAUUCUUGGUCGGUCUUGGGUAUACUCAUCCGUUUGUCCGACUUGAAAAGAUGAAGAUGACUGACCUUGCCAGAUCCAACAUAAGCCAAGGCUCUGCACCUCUGUUGAUUACCGAGCUUGCUCAUCCUCAACAUCGUGGUAAGCUUACUACCAUGUACAAUACAUUGUGGUUUGUUGGAGCAAUCAUCGCAGCUUGGACUGUGUUUGGUACAAUCAAGUAUACCUCGGAGGCAUCAUGGAGGAUCCCAGUCGGCAUGCAAGCAGCCAUGCCAGUGAUUCAGUUUAUUGGCAUCUGGUUUCUUCCCGAGAGCCCCCGCUGGCUCUGUGCAAAGGAACGCUCGGAGGAAGCCCUGGCAGUUCUUGUGAAGUACCAUGCAAAUGGAGACAGAGAUGAUCCUUUCUGCGCCUUCGAGUUCCGUGAGAUUCAGCAAACAAUCCGAAUGGAAAAGCAGAAUUCGAACAAUGGGUGGCCCGUCUUGGUUCAGACCCCAGGUAAUCGCAAGCGACUCCUUCUCAUCAUCCUCGUCUCUUUCUUCUCGCAAUGCUCAGGCAAUGGCCUCGUGUCAUACUAUCUCCACGACAUUCUGAAUUCGGUCGGCAUCGAGGCAUCGUACGACCAGUCUAUGAUCAAUGGGGCACUGACCAUCUGGUCUUUCUUGGUCGCUAUUUGCUGUUCAUCUUUCCUAGUAGAUGUUCUAGGUCGACGAAAGCUGUUCAUGAUUGCGGGUGUAGGCAUGUUGAUCAGCUUCAGUAUCUGGACUGGAUGCUCUGCAGCCUAUGCUCAGUCCGGUAACAAGGGUGCUGGGAGCGCAGUCAUUGCCAUGAUCUUCCUCUUUUAUGGAGUGGCUGGCUUUGCAUGGCCAGGUCUCACUGUCGCAUAUUGUGCCGAGAUUCUCCCGUUCGGUAUCCGAGCCAAAGGUCUUGCCGUUACGAUGGCAAUGACUGCGCUGUCGUCAGUCUUCAACCAGUAUGUCAAUCCGAUUGGUCUGGAAGCUCUGCAGUGGAGAUUUUACUUUGUUUAUAUUGCCAUCCUCGUGAUCGAGUGUGUCUGUAUCUGGUUCCUUUUCGUGGAAACGAAAGGUCCGACGCUCGAGGAAAUUGCCGCACUUUUCGAUGGCGAACAAGCUAAUAUUGCAGGAAACGAACGGUUGUCAGUUCAUCAAGAAGCCAAAUCUGCAGAGGCGUGA